CUUACAGACCUCUUAGGAAUGGGGUGAGGUAGACAGUCUUAUGAUUAAAGUUUGGGGGGUUUGCUCCUAGCCAUGUUGUAAGGUCGCCCAAAAUUCAAAAUAGCAGCCUCCAGUGACUAGAGGAAGUGAGGGGGCGUAUGCUCAUGCAUUUACCUUCUUGGACAUGUUUUUCCCCCCACAGGUCUCCCAGUUUGGCUACUGGGAGAAACGAAGGACUUGGGAUGGAUGGGCCUUUCCUUUCAUUGAAAACUGUCCUGCUUGUGAUUGUCUUCCUCCCAAGGGGCCAAAAAUCCAGGCUGCCUGGUUUAUGGGCAAAGCCCUGCAUGUUGUUUUUUGUUUUUGUUUUGUUUUCCUUCCACACAAAAAAUGGCUGCAGGGGUUUGUUUUGGAGGGAGGGUGAAAAGUGAAAGCUGAAGAAAAAGUGUAAAAUAUCAUUGAAGGGGCAGUAUCUCAUAAUGAUGUGAAAGCCUGUUGUUUGAUCAAUCUGGUUGCCCAACUUUUUUUUAUUGAGAAGUAGGUCAUGUUGCUUUUAGCAAAGCUUGCUUUUAAGAAAAGGAACAUUGGAUUGCAGUUCAAUCUUUCCUUCUCUUAUAUUUCAUCAGUCUCACCUGAAACUUUUGCUUGGGACCUGGGUUGUUGUGAAAGAUAUGAAAGGUGCAGUCUAAUAUUUCUUCUUGCAUUGGCAUUCUUCUAAAGUAUACAAAACUGUUUUGUAUAUUAUAUUACUCAGAUGUCCCAUUCCUAAAUCCCAUUAUGCUUGAAAACAUACUUGCACAAAAGUGUGUAUAGUUGUAUAAUCUCAGAACUCACUAAUCUAAUGCUCUUUUUAUCAUAGAGCUUUCCAUUAAUAUGUAAUAAUUGAAACCAUAGAAAUUUCCCAUCAAAGUAUUUCUCUUUUUUCUUUCUAGACAGGUGUUUAAUAUACUAAAUAUUAAUAUAUUGUUCAGAGUGGCUUUGUAAUUCUCAGCUACCAACAUUAAAAAAGAAAUAAAUUUGGUAGAGGGUUAGGACUUGUAAAUUGAGAUAGGAAGAUCAGGUGUGCUCUAGGUCUUAACCAUUCUUAGUAUUCACUGUUUGAUUAGAGUGUAGAUAAUUCAAAAGAAAUUGCAGAAAUGAUAUAGUCCUUGCAAAAGUAAUGUGAGAACAUAUCUUUUAUUUAUGUGCCUAUGUUAGGAACAUUAAAACAUAUAUGCAUGUUGGCUGCAUAGUCAUCAGAAAAUGCUGACUAUAAUAUUUUUCUGAUUCUGUGGAAAUGAAACGCAAAGCUGCUACCAUUAAAUCCAUGUCUGCAGUUGCACCUAGUAGUCACAUCAACAAUCCCAGAGAUCUGUUUUCUUGAGUAGAUACUCCUAUUUUUCUGUGUCAAGAACACAUAUGAUAUCCCCCAUAUUUAUAUGGAGGGUGGGUUAUAUAGCACAAUGACACAUUUACAUAAGUAAUGAGAACUAUUACUCAUAUAAGGGCAGUGUUAAUUGAUGAAAUAUGCAGAGCAUAUCUGUUGCACUAAAGCUGAGGGAUAUUUGAAGUAGAAAUGAGGGAAAGAUUUUUGAACAAGGAGCAGUAAUUUUAAAAUAAACAACAUUGUGACUUUUAAAGUAGACAUUUCAGAAUCUGUCUCUGCUGGUUUUAUCCCAAAGCUGACAAUUAUUUGUUGACUCUCUUACCAACACUUUUGCUUCUCAAAUUGCCUCUAGUUACCAAGAUUAUAUUAAUGCUUUGAAAAAGAAAGAAAAUGUGUAAUUUUUUAAUGUAACAAUAAACUUAAAAUAAACUUAAAAUAUCAAUGCGUAUCUUUUUAAAAGGUGAUAGAAUGAAGGUGUUUUCAUUUUAAUUUUGAUCUUGCAUAAUAAAUGAAGAUUAUAUUAUUCAUCUUGAAUAAAGUGAUGUUGCAAUAAUGAUUCAUCAUACAUGGUAUGCUUCUGGAAAGCACUAGGUUUAUGCAGAAUAUCUUUUCAGAAUCUUUAGGUGCAUGAAUAAAAUAAAUCUGUAAUCCCUGGAAAUGGAAUAGAACUGUUAUCAGAUUUAUUCUACCUAUUACUCUUUUUGGAGAUUAAAAUUUCACAUGAAGUUGUUGACUUGAAUGCAUAAAUACUGCUAUGCACUCCUCAAGGCAACAUCAUCUUAAAUGCCUCCUAAAUGUGUAAUGCUGGUGGAACGCUUUUGCAGAUUGAAAUUGGCAGACUAUUGAAAGGACUUGCAACAUGUUAUGUUGGGGAAAUGCAUCUUUUGGACAACUUGGAUUGGGCGGCAUUGACGAAGAGAUUGUCCUGGAACCCAGAAGAUGCAGCUUCUUUGUGAACAAAAAAGUUCAAGAUGUCGGCUGUGGAUUGAGGCAUACUGUGUUUGUAUUGGAUGAUGGGACUGUGUAUACUUGUGGAUGUAAUGAUUUAGGACAGUUAGGCCAUGAAAAAUCUAGAAAACGACCAGAGCAAGUUGGCGCCUUGGAUGCUCAAAACAUUGUCACUGUUUCUUGUGGAGAAGCCCACACGUUAGCAUUAAAUGACAAGGGUCAAGUCUAUGCCUGGGGUUUUGCUGCGGAAGGGCAGCUGGGCUUAUCUGGCACUGAGGAAUAUAUCAGAGUUCCCAGGAAUAUUAAAAGCUUAUCAGACAUUCAAAUUGUACAAGUGGCCUGUGGCUACUGCCAUUCCCUUGCACUUUCUAAAGGAAGUGAAGUUUUUUCCUGGGGUCAGAACAAGUAUGGACAAUUAGGAUUAGGUUAUGAAUAUAAAAAACAAACAUCUCCACAAGUAAUCAAAUCUUUAUUAGGCAUCCCUUUUGCCCAAAUAACAGCUGGCGGUGCCCAUAGCUUUGUACUUACUCUUUCUGGAGCAGUCUUUGGAUGGGGCCGGAACAAAUUUGGACAGCUUGGUCUUAAUGAUGAAAAUGAUAGAUACGUCCCCAAUCUUCUGAAGUCACUAAGAUCCCAAAAAAUUGUUUAUAUCUCCUGUGGAGAAGAUCAUACUGCAGCUCUUACAAAGGAAGGUGGAGUGUUUACCUUUGGAGCUGGAGGCUAUGGACAGUUAGGUCAUAACUCUACUGCGCAUGAGAUAAAUCCCAGAAAAGUUUUCGAACUUAUGGGAAACAUUGUCGCACAAAUUGCCUGUGGAAGGCAACACACAUCUGCAUUUGUUCCCUCAACUGGAAGAAUUUACUCUUUUGGUCUUGGAGGAAAUGGACAGUUAGGCAUGGGAACAACCAGUAAUAGGAAAAGUCCCUUUCCAGUAAAAGGAAAUUGGCUUCCAUACAGUGGCCAAAUUCCACUGAAUUUAGAUGAUGAAGAUUAUUAUUGUGUAAAGAGGAUUUUUUCUGGUGGAGACCAAAGCUUUUCACAUUAUGUUACUCCACAGGAUUUGGUACCAGCAGAUGACUUCAGAUAUCCAAAUACUUCAAAACAGAUAUGGACUGUGAACGAAGCUUUCAUUCAGAAAUUAAUAAACUAUUCGUCUUCAGGUGCAGGGAGGCUCCCUGUGGAGAUAGCAAAUGAAAUAGAUGGAAUGUUUUCUUCUGCUGGCUGCCUAAAUGGAAGCUUUUUAGCUGUCAGCAAUGAUGAUCACUACAGAACGAGUGCCAGAUUCUCAGGAGUGGAUAUGACUGCUGCCAGGCUUUUAUUUCACAAACUUAUACAGCCUGAACACCCACACAUAUCUCAGCAGGUGAAUGAAAGAGGUGGACAGAUAAUACAGUAUGAUAGAUUCUACAUACAUGAAAUACAGGAUUUGAUUGAUAUAAGAAAUGACUAUUUCAACUGGAUCCAGCAGCAGGCAUAUGGAAUGGAUAUCAGCCACGGAUUAAAUGAGGUGUCAGAGGGACCAGUUACAAUUUGCACCUAUCCCUUCGUAUUUGAUGCCCAAGCAAAGACAACACUCUUGCAAACAGAUGCUGUCCUGCAGAUGCAGAUGGCUGUUGACCAGGCUCACAGACAGAAUUUUUCAUCUAUUUUUCUCCCAGUAUUUGAAUCUGUCAAUCCAUGUCUGAUCUUAAUUGUGCGCAGAGAAAAUAUUGUGGGGGAUGCCAUGGAAGUGCUAAGGAAAACAAAAAAUCUAGAUUACAAGAAGCCUCUCAAGGUUAUUUUUGUAGGCGAAGAAGCGGUUGAUGCAGGUGGAGUCCGCAAAGAAUUUUUCUUGCUUAUUAUGAGAGAACUGCUCGAUCCCAAGUAUGGAAUGUUUAUAUAUAAUGACGUUUCGAGACUGAUCUGGUUCUCAGAUAAGACCUUUGAAGACAGUGACUUGUUUCAUCUGAUCGGUGUUGUUUGCGGACUAGCAAUAUACAAUUUUACUAUUGUAGAACUUCACUUUCCAUUGGCUUUAUAUAAGAAGCUCCUGAACAAGAAACCUUCCCUGGAAGACCUCAAAGAGUUAAUGCCUGAUGUUGGCAGGAGUAUGCAACAAUUGCUAGAUUAUCCAGAAGAUGAUGUGGAAGAUACCUUCUGCCUCAACUUUACAAUCACGGUUGAAAACUUCGGUGCCACAGAAGUUAAAGAGCUAAUUCCAAACGGUGCCGAUAUCUCUGUUGUCAAACAGAAUAGGCAAGAGUUUGUGGAUGCCUACGUGGACUAUAUCUUCAAUAAAUCAGUGGCUUCUCUCUAUGAUGCAUUCCAUGAAGGUUUUCACAAAGUGUGUGGCGGUAAAGUUCUUCAGCUGUUUGAGCCUAAUGAACUGCAAGCAAUGGUGAUUGGGAACACCAACUACGACUGGAGAGAACUAGAGAAGAAUACUCAAUACAAAGGAGAAUAUUGGGCAGAACAUCCAACAAUUAAAUUGUUCUGGGAAGUUUUUCAUGAGUUAUCACUGGAAAAGAAGAAACAGUUUUUGUUGUUUUUGACAGGGAGCGAUCGUAUUCCUAUACUUGGAAUGAAGAGCCUUAGUCUUAUUAUCCAACCAACUGGAGGUGGAGACGGAUAUCUUCCAGUAUCUCAUACAUGUUUUAAUCUCCUCGAUCUUCCAAAAUAUACCAACAAGGAAAUACUGAGAUCGAAGUUGAUCCAAGCAAUCGAUCACUGUGAAGGCUUCAAUUUAGUAUAAUGUAAAAACUCAGCACCAUCCAAUCAUUUAAUUGGGAACAUUAAGCCAAUACUUAGAUCUGCAGUGUAAAAUGGGUGAUACCCAAGUGGUGGUGAUUAUAAGAAGCUUGUUCAUAAACUAUGUUCAGUGAUCUGAUUCUUUCACAGGAGCCAAAAAUCCUUAUAUUAAUGAUUGUCUUGAUGCGAACUGUGGAAUUGCAUUUUGCCAUCUUAAUAAAAAUGCAAUGUUGGAAUAAA